CUGUUCCAUUUUUCUUUCAGUUUUAUUAUCUCCCUCGUCUCUCUUUCUCUCUCUCUAGACAGAGGUCAGAGAGACUGAGAAUUAUUUCUCUGUUUCCUUCAUUCUACCUAAAUAAAAACCCUCGUAAUCCCAUUUAAUUACGUUUCUUGCCCUUCACCUCCUUAAUCGAAAAAAUCUCAUCUUCUCCUUCUUUUUCAACUGCUGCUGUAUGUAGGGUUUACAUUUCCGGUUGGUUUCGUUAUUAUGGACAGAUCCGACGAUAACGCGCUUUUUGAUGCUUCCCAGUAUGAAUUUUUUGGUCAAAAUGCUAUGGAAGAAGUGGUGUUUGGAGGUCUGGAAGAUGGUGAAGAGGAAACUCCUAUAUUUGCAUCCAAUGAAGACGAUGAGUACCGUUUGUUUGAUAAGGGAGAGGUUGGAGGUUUAGGGUCAUUAUCUGACAUGGAUGAUCUGGCUAGUACUUUUGCAAAGUUGAAUAGGGUUGUCGCGGGACCAAAAAAUCCAGGAGUUAUUGGUGAUAGAUCUGAUUCUUUUUCAAGGGAAAGUUCUUCUGCUAUUGACUGGGCUCAAGAUGGAGAGUUUUUCAACUGGAUGGAUCAGCAUGUGUUUGAUACAGAAGAUGCUCAAGAAGGCAAGAGAUGGUCCUCACAACCACUAUCAACCUCUGUUUGUUUUUUAGACUCAAAGCGUUUGUAUAGAACUUCAUCAUAUCCCCAGCAGCAACCAGAGCCUCUCUUCAUGUUUGAUACUGAAGAUGUUCAAGAAGGCAAGAGAUGGUCUUCUCAGCCACAACCAUCUUCUGCUCGUUUUUCAGGAGCAAAGCCUUUGUAUAGAACUUCAUCAUAUCCUGACCAGCAACCAGAGCCUCACUUCUCAAGAGAACCAAUUGUGGGACCCAAAUCAACCUUCACAUCUUUCCCUCCUCCUGGUAGUGGAUGCCAACAAUCUUUGCCUGGCAACCUAAAAAUUCCUUUUCUUACUACUGGAUCUCAGUCACCCUUCGCUGCAGCAAGCCUUGCUCCAAUUUCCACAUCCAGUCUUCAUCUGGCUGGUCUAUCUCACGGAUUACUUUUGGCGGUAAUUUGUCCCAGUCAAUUCCCAUCCUUCAUCACACAAAUGAUGCUUGGACUGGCUGAUCUUAGGGAACAUCGAACUAAAUCAUCACAAAGAAACAGGCAAAGCAUGCGUUUUUCUCAGCAAAGUUCUGAUACUGGUAGCCAGAAAAGUGAGAGUGGGUUGGUGGAAUUCGGAUCCAAGUAUAUGACUGGUGAAGAGAUAGAGAGCAUUCUCAAGAUACAGCAUGCUGCCACACAUAGUAAUAAUCCUUAUGUGGAUGAUUAUUACCACCAAGCUUGUCUUGCCAAAAGAUCUUCUGCUUCCAGGGCUAAACAUCAUUUUUACCCAUCUCGUAAGAAGGAAUCACAUUCUCGAUCCCGUAACAGUGGAGAGCAGCAUUUGCAUCUCAAUGUGGAUGCUCUUGGGAAGGUCUCUCUCUCUUCCCUUUGUAGACUGCGUCCUCUACUUGAAGUCGGUCCUCCCUUAGGUUCAGGUGAUGCUUCUGAUCAGAAAACUGAGAGGCCUCUAGAGCAGGAGCCUAUGCUUGCAGUUAGAAUCAUUAUUGAGGAUGGUUUCAGUCUUCUUCUUGAACUAGAUGACAUUGACCGGCUCAUACAAUUUAGUCAACCCCAUGAUGGUGGGGCUCAGCUCAUAUGUAGGCGGCAGAUCCUGCUUGAGGGCAUGGCAGCAUCACUUCAGCUUGUGGAUCCACUUAGCAAAGGUGUGCGUGCAGUUAGCUGUGCUCCCAAAGAUGACAUCGUGUUCCUAAGAUUAGUCUCCCUAGCAAAAGGCCGGAAGCUUAUCACUAGGUUCCUUCAGCUUCUCAUCCCUGGGAGUGAGCUUAUGCGAAUAGCAUGCAUGACCAUUUUUCGUCACUUGAGAUUCUUGUUUGGUGGUCUUUCUUCGGAUCUGGGAGCAACCAAGACAACUAAUGAUCUUGCAAAGACUGUUUCCAUGUGUGUUAAUGGAAUGGAUCUUCAUGCGGUUAGUGCAUGCCUUGUUGCAGUUGUUUGUUCUACGAAGCAGCCUCCACUUAGGGCCCUUGGAAGCUCAGCUGGGGAUGGUGCUUCUGUUAUUCUAAAAUCAGUUCUUGAAAGGGCCACUAAACUUCUAAGUCAUCCUUCUGGAAAUUGCAGCAUGCCUAAUUUUGCCUUCUGGAGGGCUUCAUUUGAUGAAUUUUUCACCCUUCUGACCAAGUAUUGUGCGACUAAAUAUGAGACAAUAAUCCAAUCAAUACGAAAUCAGUUUCAGUCAUCCACAGAAGUCAUUGGUUCAGAGGCUAUAAGGUGUGAAAUGCCCUGUGAACUUCUACGAGCUAGUCUUCCUCACACAAAUGAGUCUCAGAGGAAGCUUUUGAUGGACUUUUCUCAGCAAUCUGUGCCCAUGAAUGGAUCCAAUUUGCCUGCUGUGAGUACUAGCCAAAUCAACUCCGAGUUGGUAAGGGGCUAGUAAAGAAAAAGGAAGGGUAGUGUGUGAAGAUCGGUAACAAUGCACUCAAUAGGAUGUGAGUGGGAUAAUAGAGGCAAGAGGUAUGUGUUUAUACAGUUUUUGAGUCUUGUUUAGAGGGGGCAGGCCAACAUUAUUUGCUUAAUUGUCCCCCUUCCCCUCUUCACCCCCUUCCCCUUCUUUUCCUUCCCUAAAAAUUGGGUAAUUUGAUGGAACUUAUCAUAGUAACACACAUGAUGUGUUAUAUGAUGAGGGAGAAUUGAUGACCGGAAGUUGUUAGUUCAGCUUCUGGGGAGCGAUAUUUUGGUGCUCUGUUUUGAGACACUCCAAUACUGAUUGGAGGCGUUGUAGUAGCAGCAGCAGUUGUAGUAUUAGUGGUUUAGAAUGAAAAUGGAUGUACAGUCGGUCUGUUACCGAUCCUUUGGAAACACUCCUCAUUGGUAUCGUUCAAGGGAGUCUAAUGAUGUCCAAAUUGGAUUUUAUUUUCUUUCUUCUUUUGUGUGUUUCCUUGCUGGAAACUAUGGAGUAUUCAAGUGGUGGGAGGAAGGGCUGGCUUCUCUGAGCAGUCAGAAUCAACCUGUAAUAAUGUAAAAAAUGUUCAA